AUGCUACCGUCGACGGCGUGUCACAUCUUGUCGACAGCGGCUGGCCUGUACUCGACGGAGUGGACAUGUCCCACGCCCACCGCCAAAUGCAAGCCGUGGAGGUGGGACGCAAAGGGCAACGACGUGCCGGGCUCGGCCACCGGCACCUGGGCCAACCAACCCACCCGCCUCCCGCGGCCCGCCUCAAUCGAGGCUGGAGAUAUCAACUGUCGGUACGACGCGCGCACGUAUGACGAGGUCGGGCCCGACACGUGCGCAAGGCUUGCGGAGCGCUAUGGUAUAGCCCUGGACAAGUUCUACGUGCUCAACCCCCAGCUGGCUCCCGACUGCAGAGGCAUCGCGCCAAACACUGAGUACUGUGUGCGCGGCUUUAUCGAGCCGCUGCGAGCAUACGAUGGCCUCUGCGGGCCCCAUCACAAGAAUGCCACGUGCAUUGGAGUCGACUGGGGGCAGUGCUGCAGCUCCAAGACGUGGACCUGCGGAGAAGACGUGGAGUAA